AUGGAGAAAUAUGGUGAUCCGGGUUUGAGCCCUGGAAAACCUGAUUGGAAGAAAGUGGUUAUUAUUUUUUAUUUUCUUGGUUUGUUGAUACAUCAUUGGACCGUUCAAGUUCAAUGCUUCUGGCAGGUCAGUCAGCCGGAGAAGUGGGGUUACUCCACCGAUUGGAAGAAAGUGGUUGUUUACUUUUUUGGCACCCAACAGAUGUUGAAGUACAAUUUUGAACUCAUUUCCGGCACCGAACAGAGCUAUUGUUUUUGA